AUUUGUUCGAUGCAACGUGUGGCUAAAAUAUGAAAGAUGCAUGGAGUGCGUUGGAUGGCCUUGGCUACGAGCAUCAUUUAGCAUCAGUCAGAUGGAAACAAAAGAAUGUCUUCAUGGCAACUCAACCCCCCACGCCGGAACAACAGAGGCUAGACUUUACGUAGUCAGCUGCUAUCGAGUACCCUUGCUACUUCUUAUACACGAGGUUGAUAGUGUGUUGUGAUGAUCCACCUGGAUUCAUCAAGAGAGCUGCAAGGGACCAAAGGUUGAAACCAGAGGAUUGUCGGAGCACAACCCUAACCCUCUGUACAUAUCUGCAUAGAGAGCCAAGACCGUUUAACGCCCGGGGUGCAGGACCGGUGCCCACUCAGUUUUUUGCUGGAGUUGAGCCUGGGGCCAUAACGACAUUCAAUCGGCAACCCAUUUGAAAAAGACAUCAAACAGUAGCCCCAUCCCCCGUUGUUUCAUCGCAAUGACUGGCAAAAGAAUCUCCGAUGACCAUCGAGCCAUCCUUACCAAGCUCCUCCAGAUAUCCAAACUCACCAACCAUGAGAUCGCGUGGGUGAUGGGUGUGGAUGAACGGACGGUGCGUCGUCGUCGAGCUGAAUAUAUCCAAACUGGCCAGUUGGCCAAACACAAGGAUGUCAGCAAAAAUGCCGAGAAGUUCAAGGAGCACCACCUCGAGAAGCUGUUGGCUUGGCACAAAGACCAUCCAGAUGCCCUUCUUGAUGACAUGCAGUUGUAUCUGAAGACAACAACUGGCCUCGAAGUCAGUCUCCCGACCAUCAGCAGAAAGCUCAAAAAGGCCUAUGGGACCAUGAGAAGAAUAGGCCGGUGUGCUCGCAUCAAAUCGAGGAAGGAGCGAGAAGCUGAGGGGCGUUCCAUCGCGUUUGAGAUUCAACAGCAAACGCAGGCCGAUGAGCAACGUCAAGAACAGGCGCAUGAACAGAGUGUUGGCCCCAUCACCGCAACCGAUGACAAGUCAAGCAGCGAGUCUGGUUCUAUGGGUGUGUCGCCUCUUCGACAAGACUCGCCUUUCCAGCUCCAAGGGGAUGCUCAACAGCAAGCUGUCCAACCGCAAAACAGUCAGCAACAGCCACUGCCACAACUGCAACAACGACCGCAACAACAGCCUCGGCAACAACACACACAACCAUAUCACCAGCUUCACCAUCAGUAUCAGCACCCACUCCCACCUCAGCAACAACAGCAACACCAGAUUCACAGCACAACACAGCCACAACAGCAGCAGCAGCAACACCAGUUUUUGGCGCCUGGAAACACCUAUCGCGGCACCAACGCCCCAGGGUUCGAAGUCAGGUAA